AGAAAUGGCCUGGGAACCAGAAUCAUCCCUUCGCUAUGGCGGAGCACAAGCCGCUCACAGUGACGACGUCGAUGAGGAAGAGGCAAAGAAGAUCGCUGAACGCAAUCGCAAGAAGGAGGAAGUGCGUAGACGGCUGGAAGAGGCCUCAAGGGCCAAGAAGGCCAAGAAAGGUUUCUUGACUCCUGAAAGGAAGAAGAAGCUGAGGAAACUUCUUAUGAUGAAAGCUGCUGAAGAUUUGAAACAGCAGCAGAUGUUAAAAGAACAAGAAAGACAACGUAUUCUCCAGGAGAGAAUCAUUCCAUUGCCAGAUCUUGAUGAAGCCAGCGAUCUUGAAUCCAUCUACAAUCAAAUGCGUAAACGUCUUAUCGAGCUGGAAAGUGAAAACUAUGACAUUUCUUAUACCGUACGACAGAAGGACUUCGAAAUUAAUGAGCUGACCAUCGCUGUGAACGAUCUUCGUGGAAAAUUCGUCAAGCCAACCCUGAAGAAGGUUUCCAAGACCGAUAGCAAAUUCGACAAGCUGAAGAAGAAGGAAGCUGCUAAGGUGGACUUCCGUUCCAAUUUGAAGACCGUCGACAAAAACCAAUUCGCCAUGAAGGAGGAGGAGAACAAGGAGAAAGCGAAGGCUGAUUGGGCAAAGUAAUUUUUUUUAUUCAAACCUUUUUGCGACAUGUUCAUAUUGAUACGACUAUUGAAGAUUUUCAAGUACUGGAG